AUGACCACGGAGAUCAAAGAAUACAUCUCCAAGUGUGACGUCUGUAUGACACAUCGCACUGGCCAAGGAAAGGAACCAAUGCUCCAGCAUGAGUUUGUCACACAGCCCUGGGCUAGGGUUGCUGCUGACCUCUGUGAGUUUGACAACAGAGUAUUGUUAGUUGUCAGUGACUACUACAGUAACUUUAUCGAGGUAGCUCACCUGAGCAACCUUACCUCCUGUGCCGUAAUCAAGGAGCUGAAAGCGAUAUUUGCAAGAUAUGGCGUACCCGACACCCUAGUCACGGAUAAUGGUUCGCAGUUCUCCUCUGCCGAAUUUGCAGUUUUCGCGAAGACAUGGGUGUUCGAACACAAGACAUUGUUGCCAACCUAUCCUCAGUCUAAUGGAAAGGCAGAGAAAGCAGUGCAGACCGUCAAAACCUUGUUUAGAAAGUGCAAGGCACCCAGAACAUCAGAGUUUCAAGCACUAUUAGACUGGCGCAACAUGCCCACAGCUGGAAUUGGAACCAGUCCUGCCCAACAUCUGAUGGGUCGCCGCUGUAAGACACUGCUCCCCAUCGCAGGCUCCCUAUUGCAGCCCAACUUUCCCACAGAAGAAGACACUUGCAAACUACUUGAUACAAAGCAGUGGCAACAGUUCUACUAUAACAAGAAAGCCAGUCCCUUGGAGCCAAUCAGUGUCGGGGAUGCAGUACGUAUGAGACUACCCGGUGAGAAAACGUGGAGUCCUGGAUAA